AUGGUGAUGUUGUGUUUCGCUGUCAAUGGUGGCGUUCUGUACUGUUGCUGUACUGCCUUUCUUCCGCUGUUGUUUGUUGCUCGUCUCCAAGAAGGAAGUUACGAACAAGCGCAAAUCGCUACUGUGAAAUUCGAGGGCUUUGAAAGGACCAACAGCACACACACCACACACACACAGACACAUAUUUAUAUGCUCUCACGUGUUGCUGCUGUCAUGGCACCCAACGCACAAAACCGUCGCCGCGUGACUGGAUCCAGCGGAAAGAGGAGGGAAGGAAGAGAGAGUGAGCACCAGAGGCCCAGCAUGUCCCGGCAUUUCUUUCGCUCCGCGGGGCUGCUCCUCGUCGUCGUGUUGAUGUGCUGCGGCAGUGGGGCUGCGGAAGCUGAGGGGCGGCUUUCUGAUUCCCAGUUUAAAUGGACGGGCAUCACUGAUGAUAGGGAACAAGUGGUUUCGUUGGGUGUUCCCGGCCUUUUAAAAGUGGGGAGUGACGUGUUUGCCGUUGCCGAGGCGCAGUGCGCGAAGAAGAACGGUGAAGUCGACGUUUUUACUGGCGUUGCAUCCCAACUACUCACGACAACAACUGCUAACAAGCCGGAGGAAGUGCUGAAGGAUGACAAAAAGGAUACACAGGUUUUGGAGAAAGUCGGUUCCGCAGAAAAGAAGAAAGUAGAUGUGAGCCGACCAACAACUGUUGUGGAGGGAAAUGAUAUUUACAUGUUUGCCGGAAAAUACAGCCAGACAGCUGCCGGUGGUCUCGAGGAGAGAGAUGCAGUUGACUGUGGAUUUUUGCUGGUGAAAGGGGAGGUCAAUGGUAAUGAGAAAGGCGUUAAAACAAUCCAUUGGAAAAAUAUUAACGAAGUCUCGCGGCCAUCUUUUGGCGAACAACACAAAUCCUUAACACGGUUGAUUGGCGGCGGUGGAUCAGGUGUUGAGAUGAAAGACCAUACGCUUGUGUUUCCUGUGGAAGCCGUGAAGAAGGCGGAGGGCGUAGAAAAGGCCGAAAAGACCGUUUUGCUGAUCAUAUACUCCUUGAAUAAUAACAAUUGGAAGCUGUCGAAGGGAAUGUCUGACGAUGGCUGUAGUGAUCCCUCCGUCGUGGAGUGGGGGAGGGACAAAAAACUCAUGAUAAUGACUGUGUGUGAUGACGGCCGCCGCAGGGUGUACGAGGUCGGUGACAUGGGGGAUUCGUGGACGGAGGCACUCGGGACACUCUCGCGCGUGUGGGGCAACAACCACAAGGGAAAUGUGAGGGGCGUUGGAGGCGGAUUCAUCACAGCGACGAUUGACGGUGUUAAUGAUAAGAGAAAUGUGAUGCUCAUUACCCUGCCGGCGUAUUUGAAGACUGAGAACGAAGUCAAUGCAAGGCGUAAACUCCAUCUUUGGCUGACAGACAAUACGCACAUUGUUGAUAUUGGGUCGGUAUCCGGUGAUGACGAAGACGUUGCCGCCAGCUCCCUGUUGUACAAAAGUGGUAAAGAUAAUAAUAAUAAUGAGAAGUUGAUUGCACUGUACGAGAAGAAGAAGAGCAACGGAGAGCAAUCAUAUGGUAUGGUCUCUGUGCUUCUGACUGCGCAGCUGGAGCGGGUGAAGGAGGUGCUGACGACCUGGAAGGAAGUGGACGAACGUGUCUCCCAGCUGUGCACCUCUUUAAGUGCUUUGGAGGGUACCUCAACUGACGAUGCCUGCAGCACUGUUAAGAUCACGGAUGGGCUGGUUGGCUUUUUGUCCGACAACUUCUCUGACGACACAUGGAGGGACGAGUACCUCGGGGUGAACGCCACGGUAAAGGGUGGUGCAGCAGCGGCCACAGGGACUUUGGAUAAGGGCGUGAAGUUCCAGGGAGCGUGGGCGGAGUGGCCCGUUGGCGCGCAGGGGCAGAAUCAGCUGUACCACUUUGCGAACUACAACUUCACUCUUGUGGCAACGGUGUCAAUCGACGGUGUGCCGAAGGAGGGUCCUAUUCCAUUGAUGGGUGUGCGUCUGGACGGUGAAAACAAACUUAUGGAGUUCUCGUACAACAAAGAAAAGAAGUGGGAAUUGCUGUGCGAUGGAAAGCCGAAGACGGAGCACAGCCGCGAUUGGGAGCCGGGCACUACACACCAGCUGGUGCUUAUGCUACAGAACGGCACCCAUGGCUCCGCGUACGUCGAUGGUCAGCGUGUGGGAGACGCGCCAUGUGAAUUAAAAAAUAAUGAUUCGAAAGAGAUCUCCCACUUCUACAUUGGAGGGGAUGGAAGCAACGCAGGAAAUGCAGACAGCCGAGACGGCGUGUCUGUGACGGUGACGAACGUCCUGCUGUACAACCGUCCGUUGAAUGACCCUGAGAUAGGCGCCUUCAACCCGAGAAAAGCCUCUAUUCCACCUCCGGUGAACACGCCUACUCAGUUAACAGCGGUUCAGUCUUCUCCUGGUGAAGGACAGGAGGAAAAGGGACAGUCGUUGGGGAGAAGUGGUGCGGGCGGUUUAUCCACAUCAACAGAAUACACUGCCACGACUUCCUCAGGAGAAGAGGGGUCUGCAAACCACUUUUUGUCAGGAAAGCCUUCCGAUGGAACUCAAAAAGUAAAUGGCGACCUCUUAUCAGAUGGUGAACAAAGAGCGGGAACAGAAGUUGGAGAUACGGUGCAGGGAGAUGGACCCACGGUGAAUCCUGAGGUGAGCGUGAGCUCUGGUGAGAAUGGAAAGACGGCGAGAGGAAAGGAUGGGCGGGAGGAGGAGGGGAUCCAUCCACAGGAUAGGGAAGCAAAUGCCACGGCACUCAGCAGCAGUCCCGGAAAUUUGUCGCAGGGGAAUAACAGCGAUGCCGGCACUGUGUGUGAGAGAGGACCGCUGCUGCUGCUCCUUCUGUUGGGACUGUGGGGGUUUGCGGCUCUGUGA